CUCGGUAAGCUCGCACUCUAUAUAAACCUCUGAUUCACUCCUUUCUCCUUCUACCUCUCUUUUUCUCUGUUCCACAUCCAAAUUUUAAACCGAGAGGUUCUGGAAACACGAUCGAGAACUCGCGAAACGGUUUUGUAGAAUCUGUGAUCUGGCGAGCCAUGAAUGCUAGAAGAGACAUCCGUAACAACAGAGUUGCUCUUUUUGAUGGUAUUGAGGAGGGUGGCAUCAGAGCAUCAUCUCUUUACUCAUCAACUUCUUCACAUGAGAUUGAUGAACAUGAUAAUGAACAAGCAGUGGAUGGAUUGCAAGACAGAGUCAAUCUGCUGAAAAGAUUGUCAGGUGAUAUACAUGAGGAGGUGGAUAGUCAUAACCGCAUGCUGGAUCGUAUGGGCAAUGAUAUGGAUUCUUCAAGAGGAGUCCUCUCAGGCACUAUGGACAAAUUCAAAAUGGUAUUUGAAACAAAAUCCAGCCGAAGAAUGUUUUCGCUUGUAGCAUCUUUUGUGGUGAUUUUUCUUAUAAUAUACUAUUUAACUAGGUGAUUGGUCUUUCAUUCAACUGUCAGCUUUAUGUUAGAUCCGGAGGGAGGCUACUUUCUCUAUUACUGUAAUUAAUGUUUCUGCUACUUGUAAGAUGUUACGUUAUGUUUGUAUAAAGAUUUUAACUUUUUAAACAGGUAUUUAACACAAUAAGUAAUGUCCAUAUCUAGU